CUAUGAAAGAAUUUCAUUCCUACAUUUUCCUGUAAGUAUUUCUUCCUGGUAGAAUUAAUUUUGAAGUUCAAUAUUGACAUAAUAAACAGUAGUACCAUAUAACUGUUAUUCUACAUUGAGCAUUAUAGAAACUAACUCCAAAGUAAAAAUAACAGUAUAGAAAGAAAAGUGAAGUGGAAGGUUCGAAGACAAAAGUCUUCUAAUUUUGUGAGUUAAGCCCUGUGGGAUUUCCAAGGAGAAGAGAUUUCAACCAUAAAUGGAAUCCAAAACGCUGCACAGGAGGCUGCAUUCCAUUCCUGUUCAUGCCUACUUCAUUCUGUACUUUUAUGUUUUGAAAUCUACAAAGAAACCUCUGUUUAGAUACACCGGCAGUUUCUGGAAGUAAGACAUUCUGUAGGUAGUGCAGACUAGCACAGUACAGAGAAUGUACUCAACCUGUGUGGGCAAUUUAACAAGGACUUCCUGUUACCAAGGAGUUCCAGUGAAAAUGAUCUUCCUUUAAUCUAAGGAACAGGGGAGGAACAGGCAGAACCAGAUUCUCCAGGUGUGAAGUAAGCAAUCCGCGCUCCUCAUUUGAUAGUAACAGCAAAUGUACAACUUUAUCUUCAAUGUAUUUGACUUCAAUGUUUGGCUUUCAAUUAACUGUAUGAGAACCAUAAAGAAAGCCCGUGCUGUAGAAGUGAUUUAAGCACUGGGAUUGAGCAUUACACCCCAUGGCACUCGGAUUCUCUCUCAGACUAAGAACUCUAACACCACGGGUGGGAAAACAAGAACAAGACAGUAAGGAGGAAAGGGAAGAUGAAAGACCGACUUCAAGAAUUAAAACAGAAAACCAAGGAAAUCGAACUCUCUCAGGAUAGUCGGGUGUUUCCAGAAGCAGAGGAACAAGGGGAGCUUGUCCAGCAAGCUGUUAUUUAUGAGAGAGAGCCAGUAGCUGAGAGACACCUACAUGAGAUCCAGAAACUGCAAGAGACUAUUAACAGCUUUGCUGAGGAUGUUCAAAGGUUUGGACAGCAACAGAAAAGUCUGGUGGCUUCCAUGAGAAGAUUUAGCCUACUUAAACGAGACUCGACCAUUGCAAAGGAGAUCAAAAUCCAAGCAGAACACAUUAACAGAGCACUGGGUGACUUAGUCAAAGAAGUAAAAAAGUCCGAGGUUGAAAACGGUCCAUCAUCAGUGGUUACAAGGAUACUUCAGACUCAGUAUGCCUCCAUGUUCCGCCACUUUCAGCAAAGCAUGUUUCUAUACAAUGAAACAAUAGCUUCAAAGCAAGAGAAGUGCAAGACAUUCAUUGUCCGUCAGCUUGAAGUAGCUGGAAAGGAAGUGUCUGAAGAAGAAGUGAAUGACAUGCUUCAGCAUGGAAAAUGGGAAGUUUUCAAUGAAAGCUUACUCACAGAAACCAGCAUCACGAAAGCACAGCUCUCAGAGAUUGAACAGAGACACAAAGAGCUUGUGAAUCUGGAGAACCAAGUGAAGGACCUCCGGGACCUUUUCAUUCAGAUCUCUCUUCUGGUAGAGGAACAAGGAGAAAGCAUCAACAACAUCGAAGUAAUGGUGACCAGCACAAAAGAUUAUGUUAUCAAUACCAAAGAAAAAUUUGGACUCGCUGUCAAAUACAAAAGAAGAAACCCCUGCAGGGCCCUGUGCUGUUGCUGCUGCCCACGCUGUGGCUCCAAAUAAAGAUGCUAUUUUAGAAGCUUCUCAGGGGUUAGGAGUAAGGUUUCCACAUUUCAGAGCCUUGUUUUGGUUGUCUUUAUUUCAUGAGUCCAGUCCCAUACAUUCUAUCACUGCUAACAGCUCAUUUCCCCCUUUAACAUUUGCCUUUUAAAGUUACAGAAAUGCUAAAGCCAGUGACACAAGGCAAGCAUUUUUCUUAAAAUUUCCAGGUUAAUUAUAAAAAGUUAAAUUGAAAGAUUUUACAUUUCUAGAAAAAUAUUGAGUUCUACUGUUAAUUUCUGUAGUCUUAAGAUGAGUAUUCAAACAAGUGGUAACUACUAAUUUGGCUUAGUUGAGAAUAUUUUGGUAAUUAAGAGUUGUAUAAAACAAAGUCUCAACAGAUGCCACGGACCAUCAAAAUGAAGCUAAAAUGCUUAGUAAGUCUUUAUCCUCAGAUAGUAAACCUGAUGAUCAUUACAUCCUGGAAAAACCCACUAAUAGACUUGAAGAAGAAUCUGUCUACGCUUA